AUGGGCACUGGAAUUGCAUUAACAGCAGUGCGCCACAUACGAGACAUGCACGUUGCAGUGCUUGAUAUAUCGGAAGCGCAGCUUCAGCGUGGCCGCAAAUUUUCUGAACUCUGGGUGCAGAAAGAGGUCGUCAAGGGCAAGCUAGAUCAGUUAGCGGCGGAAAGUUUGCUCCAACGCUUGACCUUUUCAAUACUCAAUCCGGAUGCGCUCAUCAAGCGGGAUGUAUCGGCUGCACCAGAAGCUGUCCAGCGCGCCAGUUUCUGUAUUGAGAGUGCCAGCGAGAACCUGGCAGUCAAGAGGAGCCUCUUCGCCUUCUUGGACGCCGCUGCUCCGCAAACAGCAGUUCUGGCGACAAAUACCUCUUCGAUUUCCAUUACUAAGAUCGCCGCAGUGACACGGAGACCUCAAAAGGUCAUUGGCAUGCAUUUCAUGAAUCCGGUUCCGGUUAUGCCACUCGUUGAAAUAAUCUCUGGCCUUGACACGGACGACCACACAAAGCAACGCACUGAACAGCUCGCUUCUCAUAUGAAAAAAACUACAGCACAUUCUCAGGAUCGACCAGGCUUUGUCGCGAACCGCCUGCUCAUGCCAUACAUAAACGAAGCGGUCUUCGCCUUGCAGGAAGGAAUAAGCAGCGCGCAAGACAUCGACCGCAUAAUGCGACUCGGUGCAAACAUGCCAAUGGGUCCACUAGAACUUGCGGACUUUAUCGGUCUGGACAUUUGUCUUGCUAUCCUCCGUGUGUUGCAUUCAGAGCUCGGUGACUCAAAGUAUCGCCCAGCGCCGCUGCUUACACAGUAUGUUGACGCCGGCUACCUUGGGAGGAAGUCUGGACGUGGAUUCUACGAAUACCAUAAUGGGCAAUCAGUCAUUCAUAAGUAA